AUGGGCGCCAAGACAUCUGAAGACGAUCACUCUGGAGGAAAUGGCCAAGGACCACUCUCAUCCAAGCCAUCCUCUGCAGGCGGAGAGCCACGCGGUGCUCAUCUCGUCCGCGAUGGCGACGGUAGUCUGGGAGGCGAAGGGGGCGACGACGACGACGAUGAUGAUAACAACACUCCCGCCGGACCGCUAACCGACGGUGCUGGUAAGAAGAAGAAAAAGAGAAAGCCAAAGAAGAAGAAGAAGGCUCCUACACAGCAAUCUUCACCUCCAAGAGUCCCACUGAGUGAUCUCUUCAAAGAGUUUCCGGCCGGUGAAAUUCAGGAUUACAAUACUGCUCGUACUACAGCUCAAGAACUUCGCUUCAUGGGUCGCCGACAACUCGAAGAUCCAGAGUUUCUGAACGAUUAUCGAAAGGCUGCUGAAGUUCAUCGGCAGGUCCGACAGUGGACGCAGGAGAACGUCAAGCCGGGUGAUAAACUCAUUGAUGUCGCUAAUGGUAUUGAAGACGGCGUGCGUGCGCUUUUGGGGAACCAGGGUAUCGAGCCUGGUGAUAACCUCAAGGCUGGAAUGGGGUUCCCGACAGGUCUUUGCUUGAACCAUGAGACUGCGCAUUACACGCCUAACCCUGGCCAGAAGGAUGUAGUUCUCAAGUAUGAGGAUGUCAUGAAGGUUGAUUUCGGCGUGCAGAUCAAUGGUUGGAUCGUCGAUAGUGCAUUCACCAUGUCAUUUGACCCUAUGUACGACAACCUUCUCAACGCCGUCAAGGAUGCCACCAAUAGCGGCAUCAAGGCCUCUGGUAUCGACGUUCGUAUCUGCGACGUCAGCGCUGCAAUCCAAGAAGCAAUGGAGAGCCACGAGGUUGAAAUCAACGGGAAGACAUAUCCCGUGAAACCCGUCCGCAACAUCUCAGCGCACAACAUCAAGCACUACCAGAUCCACGGUGGAAAGUCGAUCCCGUUUAUCAAGAACAAUGAUCAGACUAAGAUGGAGGAAGGCGAAGUGUUUGCUAUUGAGACGUUUGGUACAACCGGCACUGGACGACUUUACGACGAUGUGGGCAUUUAUGGCUACGGUUUGCAUCACGAUGCGCCGAGACAUGUGAAUUUACCUUUUGCGUCGGCGAAUAGGCUUUAUAAGGUCAUUCGCGAGCAGUUUGGGACUAUUGUCUUUUGUCGUCGAUAUCUCGAGCGCUUGGGCCAAGAGCGAUAUCUCGCUGGUCUAAACUCUUUGGUGUCUAAUGGUAUUCUUGAAGCGUAUGAACCGCUUGCUGAUAUCAAGGGUUCUUACUCGGCGCAGUUCGAGCAUACUAUUUUGCUUCGAGAGUCGCAUAAGGAGGUUAUCAGUCGUGGAAGUGACUACUAA